AUGUUCCCUUCCUUAUCCGAGCUCAUAGUUGACCACUGCGACAAUCUAAGCCAGCUCCCUCCCAGCAUCUCCCAAUUGGACACCCUCAACAGCCUCAACAUAACAAACUGCCACAACUUCCGCCAGCUUCCCACCAAUCUCAGCGACCUGAAAAGAUCUCUGCUUAUUUUGAGGUUGUACGCUUGUCUGAGCCUCAGGAUGAUGCCGCAGUCCACCUCCGAGAUGUCAAAAUUAAAGUACCUAGAUGUGCCACAGUGCGUGAACUUGAGAUCGCUCUCCGAAGGGAUUGGGAAGAUGUCCGGGUCGGAGAAGAUAGACAUGAGGGAGUGCUCGGAGGUGUCUGGCAUUCCUGACUCUGCUGCAUCGAUGGAGUCGUUGAGAUGUGUGAUUUGUGACGAGGAGGUUUCGUGGUCGUGGAAGGGAUUCGAGAAGAUUGGUCUCCAUGUUUAG